CGGACCCUCGUAUGUUUACACGUGAGGCUUCAGUUUAAAAUGGGAAAACUAAGGAAGAAAUUUAACUGGAAGGGAAGACAGCAAAGUGACGCCCAGCGACCAGCUGAGGAUGAGAAGAAGACCGUUGUUGUGGAGCUUCAAGAUGGGGCCAGGCUGAAAGGUGUAGACCAGAGCAACGCUUUGGUCCUCCCAGCCAGCAAAGUCAACAAGAAGAAAGCCCCAGUGAGACAUGUCUCCAACAAAAAGCCCCUCACCAAGAAGCAGAGGAAAGAGUUGCAGAAGGUCCUGGAGCGCAAGGAAAAGAAAGCUCAGAGAGCAGACAUCCUGGUCAAACUGGCCGAGGUGCAGGUUCCAGAUUCUGAACUGAAGCUGCUGUACACCACGUCCAAACUGGGAACAGGAGACAAACUUUACCAGUCCAAACAGUUACCAGAUGAAAUAACAAAUGGAGACUCGGGACCAAAGAUCAGUAGUCUGAGUGGAGCGAACAGAAAAAGGAAAUGGAAAGAAGAAGAAGAGGAGGAGGAGGAAGAGGAGGAGGAGGAAGGAAAGGCAGAAGAAAGCAGCGAUUUAGACACUUCAUCUGAUGAGGAGGAGGAGGAGAACGAAGAGCUGAACAAAACCACAGAUGUGACUGCCCCUCCCUCUCAGGGGACGGGGGACAAACAGGAAGUGAAGGAAGAACAACCGAAAAUGGAACAAGAUGGACCAAAUGAGAAGACUUCAGAUCAGGAGAAAGUGGACAACAAGACGCCGGCUGUCUUCAUUCCUGUCGACCGAUUAGCAGAAAUACAGGAGGCUCGUCUGAAACUGCCCGUGCUGGCGGAGGAGCAGGUCAUCAUGGAGGCCGUGAGAGAAAACCCUUGCAUCGUCAUCUGUGGAGAGACGGGGAGUGGAAAAACCACUCAAGUGCCCCAGUUCCUGUAUGAAGCCGGCUACGCCAGUGGCAGUGGAAUAAUCGGUAUCACAGAGCCGAGAAGAGUGGCAGCUGUCAGCAUGUCCCACAGAGUGGCCGAGGAGAUGAACCUGUCCACGCGGGUGGUGUCAUACCAGAUUCGAUACGAGGGGAACAUGACCAGCGAUACCAAGAUCAAGUUCAUGACGGAUGGCGUUCUACUGAAGGAGAUUCAGAAGGAUUUCCUGCUCCAGAGAUACAGUGUGAUAAUCAUAGACGAGGCACAUGAAAGGAGUGUGUACACAGACAUCCUCAUCGGACUGUUGUCGCGCAUCGUCCCGCUCAGAAACAAGAAAGGUCUGCCCAUGAAGCUUCUGGUCAUGUCGGCUACUCUGCGAGUGGAGGACUUCACAGACAACGCCAAGAUGUUCCGGACGCCGCCGCCUGUCAUCAAGGUGGACGCGCGUCAGUUCCCCGUCACCAUACAUUUCAACAAACGCACCUCGAUGGACGAUUACACCGGAGAUGUUUUCCAGAAAAUCUGCAAGAUCCACCGGAUGUUGCCUCCAGGUGGUAUCCUGGUGUUUCUGACCGGUCAGGCGGAGGUUCACAGUCUGUGCAGAAAACUGAGGAACGCUUUCCCCUUCAGAAAGGGUAACACGGCGACUGGUGAAGACGAGGAAGCAGAGACCUCGGAGGCGAUGAGGAAGUUUAAAAAGUCCAAAAAGAAGAAUGCGGUCUCUCUGCCCCGAAUCAACCUGGACAACUACUCUGCCCUCCCGCUGGACGAAGGGGACGAGGACAGAGAGGCGGGCAUCGGAGACGAGCAGGACGAAGGCUCCGACCUGGAGAUCGGAGGCGAUUCCGCCAGUGCAGAGGAGAAGGCCGACCCCUCUAUUCCGCUCUACGUCCUCCCUCUGUACUCCCUGUUGGCUCCAGAGCAGCAGGCCAAGGUGUUCAGGCCUCCACCACCCGGAACUCGUCUGUGUGUGGUCGCCACCAACGUUGCCGAGACAUCCCUGACCAUCCCGGGCAUUAAGUACGUGGUCGACUGCGGGCGAGUCAAGAAGCGCUUCUACGACCGAGUGACCGGAGUGUCGUCCUUCAAGGUCUCGUGGACCUCACAGGCCUCAGCCAAUCAGAGGGCGGGUAGAGCGGGACGAACGGAGCCGGGACACUGCUACAGGUUGUACUCGUCUGCAGUAUUUGGAGACUUCAGUUUGUUUUCAGAGGCCGAAAUCACUCGUAGGCCUGUGGAGGACCUGGUUUUACAGAUGAAGGACCUCAACAUAGAUAAGGUGGUCAACUUUCCCUUCCCCACGUCUCCGUCUGCCGAAGCUCUGGUUGCAGCAGAGCAGUUGUUGGUCUCGUUGGGAGCUCUGAUGGAGCCGCCUCAGACCGGAAGUAUGAGAGAGAUGGAGCGAGCGAGGCUGAGCUGUCCCAUCAGCCCUCUGGGCAGAGCGAUGGCUUCGUUCCCCGUGGCGCCACGCUACGCUAAGAUGUUAGCUCUCGGUAAGCAGCAGGAUUGCCUGCCCUACGUCAUCGCCGUGGUCGCAGCCAUGACAGUCCGGGAGAUCUUCGAGGACUUCGACAGACCUGCAAUUAGUGAAGACGAGAGCUCCACGCUCAUCCAGCGUCGAGCUCGGCUGAUCCAGAUGAGGAGGUUGUGGGCCGGGCAAGGUGCAUCGCUGCUGCUGGGGGACCUCAUGGUCAUGCUGGGUGCUGUUGGUGCUUGUGAAUAUGCUGGUUGUACUCCCAAGUUUUGCGAGGCGAACGGCCUGAGGUAUAAAGCCAUGGUGGAGAUCAGGAAGCUCAGAGGACAACUCACUAAUGCAGUAAACGCAGUUUGUCCAGAGGUGGGAGUAUUUGUGAAUCCCAAGAUGGCUCCGCCUACGCCGCAUCAGGUGAUUUGCUUGCGGCAGAUUGUUCUGGCCGGACUGGGGGACCACCUGGCACGGCGCGUACAGGCAGAAGAUUUACUGGACCCCAAAUGGAAGAACGGAUACAAGACUCCUCUCCUGGACGACCCGGUGUUCAUUCAUCCCGGCUCCGCGCUGUUCAAGACGCUGCCGGAGUUCAUCGUGUACCAGGAGAUCCUGGAAACCACCAAGAUGUACAUGAGGGGUGUGUCAGCAGUAGAAGCCGAGUGGAUCCCCGAGCUUCUGCCCCAGUAUUGUCACUCCGGCUCCCCUCUGGAUUCGCCACCGCCGUGGUUCUCUCAGUCCAGCGGCACCAUCAGAUGUCACCGCGCAAGCACCUUCUUCCGUGUAGGUUGGCAGCUCCCAGCGGUGGAGAAGGAAUAUCCAGACAACCUCGAGCGGUACAAACUGUUUUCCAGGUUUCUGCUUGAGGGACAGGUUUGUCCUGAACUAAGGAAGCACAGCAGCCACCUCCUGUCAAACCCCUCCAUCAUGCUGAAAUCGUGGGCAAAGCUGCAGCCGAGGACGGAGGCGUUGCUGGCAUCGCUGUUGUCAAAGAGGGUUGACUGCAGAGAUGCCCUCCUCUCUGUCUGGAAAAGUGAAGAUAAAUUCCUGUUGUCUGCAUACUGCCAGUGGUUACCUGAAGCCCUGCAUCAAGAAGUGGCCAAAAGUUGGCCCCCAUUAUGAACACUUAAUUCAACCAAAAAAAGAGGGAAUGUUAUGUUACACAUUUGAUCAGAGACUCAUGUUGAUUUGAGAAAUCUGCAGAACUUCAUUCUUUGCCAUCAGAGGGCAUCUUCAGACCUUCAGAUGUUUAAAAUGUUCUCUCAAAGUGCAACUACACUACCACAACACUGCCUUCUCUCUGUUUUGUAUUUUAUAUACUGAAUCUGUGACUUGGACAGUUUGACCUUUUAACUUGUUAUCAGGGUGCUGCUGUCAGUUAUGUUUUUCUGAUUUGGUCUUCAUAAGACUCAUUAAAAACUGUGGCUCUGAAUAAGG